AUGCCGCACUGGGCGGUCAUCUAUUUAUCUGAGCCAGACAAACUUUGCUUUAACAAUCAAAUAUAUAUAAACAAUAAAAAUAAUACAUUUGUUUUGAUAAUUAUGCGGUUUCUGUUAAGAAAAUUCUGCUACUGCGUUGGUCUCCGACGUGGCUGCUUUGCCAUUGCUUGCGUGGACUUUAUUAUCAAUCUGGUUAUAUUGAUUCUGAUAGACGAUGUUAGUUACAUUAAUCAUGUUGAAAAGGCCGUGGGCAUAUGCCAUUGCAUGGGCUGUAUUAUGCUUGCCUUGGGCUCUCUCAUUCAAUCCACAGUGCUGUUAGUAUUCUAUUUAAUAACAAGUUUAGUUAAUGUAGGCGUACUCUGCGUUUGUGUUAUAAUGCUCGUUAUCAAUUUUAAGAUAUUUUAUCUGAUUAUGAUGGGCGUGGAACUUUGUUUAAUUGGCUUAAACUUGUAUUUUUGGGUCGUUGUAUUCUCCUACUACAGCGAACUUCUUGAAACUAUAGAAGGUGAUUUUUAAAUUCCACAAUCGUUACAAUAAAA